AUGAGGGGAUUGUCCCUCGUCACCACCUGUGUCCUGAGUGUGCUUCAGGUCCUCACCAUCAGCCCCAGUGGCUCCUCGCUGGCCAACUUCAAAGUCAAAUCUGCAAACCCCAUUCUGGGGGCAUGUCUGUUCCUGUGGGUCCUCACCAUGGCCAUUACCAGUGACCAGCUGGCUCUGCACGGUGGCCACCCUAAUGCCAUGCAGCCAGGUCUUCUCUUUGUCAACAGCCACUGCUCCUUCCUGCCGAAGUACAGGGGUGUUUUCCUCCUCUUGGUAAUGCUCAGAGACAUCUUCUUCGUGGGCCUCAUGGCCGUGUCCAGUGAGUAUAUAGCUACCCUCCUGCACAGACAUCAACAGCACUGCCUGUCCCUCCAUGGCUCCAGGCUGUCCCCUCAGACCUCCCCUGAGCACAGGGACACUUACAGUGUCCUACAGCUGCUCAGCUGCUUCACCGCCCUGUACUGUGCAGACUCUGCGCUCUCCCUGCUCAUCAGCAGGAUGAGGAGAAAGGAUCCCAUGCUCGUGACCAUCCACAAUGCAGUGGCCAGCGGCUAUGGCACACUCAGUCCCCUGGUACUGCUCAGGGCGGACACGCAGAUCCUGAACAUCUUACGAGCCCAGUGGAGGAACAAAGCUCAGAUGCUAACAAGAUGCAUCUAA